CUCCGAAUCUCAUCGACAUUCAUCCACCAUGGCGCCAACACCCCCCUCCACCUGGCCGUACCCCACCCUCUCCCUCCGGAUCCCCGACCUCUCCCACCCCGGCGUACACACCUUCUUCCGCCUUCUAGACCCGCACACCGCCCUCACCCUCGCCGUCGAAUCGACCCUCACGCACCUAUACCACACUCCUGCGAACCCCGACGUCCCACAGACGGUGGGGAGCGUCCUCUUAGUGCUGCGGAGCAUGGAUGGGGUGGCGCAUACGACGGGGAGCGAGACGCACAAGGAGAUUCAUCUGAGUGUGGAUUAUAUCACGAAGAAGGGGGAGCAGGACGGGGAGGAGGUGGGGAGGGAGAUUAUGGGAGUGUUGACGCAUGAGAUGGUGCAUUGUUAUCAGUAUAAUGGGAGGGGGACGUGUCCGGGGGGGUUGGUGGAGGGUAUUGCGGAUUUUGUGCGGUUGAAUGCUGAUCUUGCGCCGCCGCAUUGGUCGCCGGGUUCUGUGCCGGAUAAGUGGGAUGCUGGGUAUCAGCAUACGGCGUAUUUCCUUGAUUGGCUGGAGAAUAGGUAUGGAAAGGGGACGGUCAGGGAGCUUAAUGCUGUGAUGAAGGAUCGGGAGUGGAACGAGAAGAUGUUCAAAGAGUUGACUGGACGCCAGCUGCACAAGUUGUGGAGGUUUUACGUUGAACAUCUGGUGACAUCUUCUCUGUAAAAGAGGUCGCAUUUUCUAUAAUACAAUAACAUAGAGAA